GAAAUGGGAAGUUCGGGAAUAGAGGAAGUACAUGUACUUCUAUUAUCACUCAGUGUGCUUACGUGACUGUAUAGAUGCCAAGCAUGGAAUUUAAACGGACAGUUCAAUUUUGCGCAUAUCUUACCAUAUGCUUUAUCAAUAUGGUUCAUUCUAGCGUUGAGGAUCUGACGUUGGAACCUGGACAUUUUCAGAAAUUUGGAGCUGGGAGACCUUCAAAAGAACUCCCUUCAAAUGAUGGGUUUUUAGAUCCCAAAACAUUUUUUGAACAGUACGCAAUUGAAUCUAAACCUGUUUUAUUCAAAGGUGCGAUUAAAGAAUCUCCUGCCUUCAAAUUAUGGACGGAUAAAUAUUUCCUUGAUCUCGAAAUACCUGCUGAAGAAAGAGUGAGUAUCGAAACCAAAAAGAAGGAGAACCGCACACAACCAACAGUCGAUAUGAAUUUCCAGGAUUUUGUCAGAAUUUACAACUCCACAGAUCGGUACAUGGUUAACCCUGUGCCCCCAGUCCUAAGUUCUGAUGUCCAAGUCCCAUUUAGCAUCCAGUGUGAGCAGGUGUACACAAAACACUUGGUUGAAAAUAUCAUGUGGUUCAGUAGUGGUGGGACCAGUUCUGUGGUCCACACGGACAGUGUUGACAAUAUUAACUGCCUGUAUAGGGGACAAAAAGAACUAGUGUUUGUUGAUCCAAAACUAUAUGGAGAAAAGGUAGACUUUGAUCAUCCUGAAGGAUCUUACUGUGGUGUAGAUGUUGACAAGGUUGACUACACUAAGUACCCAGGACUGGCUGAAGUAGAAUUUUACCAUACAACUAUGAAUGCUGGAGACUGCCUCUUUAUUCCUUUUAAAUGGAUACAUCAAGUAAGAUCAUAUGGAAGCAAUCUAGCUGUAAACAUCUGGUGGGACUUUCAUAAAAACCGAGAUGUUGAUCUUGAGAAGUGCAAUAAAGAAGUGGAUAACACACUCACCUUUAAGGAUAUAAUAUUCAAUGGCUUCGGAGAAAUGUUCAGCAAUGCUAAAGCUAUCAAGGACCAUUUCUGCGAACUCACAAUGAGGGACAAAAAGAUGGAUUUCGAAAAGCUUGCAAAGGUUUUAUUUGGUAUGGAAGGUCUUGGUGAGAUUAUAGCAAAACCAGGAACUUCUAGUGAGGAACUGAAGAGUAGAUUACAAAUAGUGUUUAAUGUAUUUGAUGUCAACAGAAAUGGUAUCAUGGAGCAUGCAGAAGUCUUAGAAGCAACAGAUGCUAUGUGGCAGACUGUAACUGAUUCUAUGAGCCAACUAGAAGAAUUAACAGAUCAAUAUAUGGCAGAGUUGGAUGAGCAAGAGGACAGACGAAUGGAAGAAGCUGAAGAAUGGACAACAAGAGAAGAACUGUAACAUAAUCAACAUCUGUGUUGGAAAAAUGGACACUGAUUUGUCUAUUGAGUUAUGAUAUUUCACAGAAAAAUAUUAUUUCAGACAUUUUCAAUGGAAGCUAAAAAUGAAGUUUAAUAUUAUUAUACCACCUUUAACUCAUUUAAUUCCAUUUUAAACCAGCAAGAAAACAUUUCUGCAAUCAUUAUCAUAUUGCUGCCCUAAUCUCCAAAAGAUAGUACAGUCUGGCUGUUGAUCUAAGUGCCAAAUUGCAGUUUUUUGUAAAUACGAGGUCUCUAGUUUUGAACGUCAAUAUGGUGGCAAAAUACUGAUAUGCCAAUACUGAUAUACCAAU